UAUAAAAACACUCAGAUCAAAACACACACGUUAGUCACACAGCAAAAUCUUGGCAGAUCACUAGGAACACUGUAAGAAGAAUGAAGGUGGCCAUUGUUUUGGCUGUCCUGGUGACAACUGUGCUCAGCACUGACCAGCUCUUUGGACAUCAGGAGGGGCCCAGUCAUGAGCGUUCGCUGGUGAAAUUUGGCCCCCUUUGCAGUGGAAACCCAACAAACCAAAAGAGAGGCUGUGAUAAAAACUGGGGGUGUGGAGAUUAUGGUGCAAAACGAACACAUGGGCCACACAAGGGCCUUGAUAUUCAGUGCAAUGAUGGGGCUACAGUGUAUGCACCGUUCGAUGUGAAGCUGAAUGGCAAAGCUGCUCCAUAUCGCAGCCCAACCGCUCUCCAGAAGCUCAUCAAUGACGGCGUAAAUCUAAGUGGCGGAGGUCUGUGCUUCAAGCUAUUCUACGUGAAGCCUGACAAGUACAGGGGUUCGCUAAGGAAGGGCGACCGUAUCGGGACACUGCACCCAAUGCAGAGGGUGUACCCCGGGAUGACCUCCCACACCCACGUCCAGAUGUGUGACCGCUCUGACCCCACCAAGUAUUUCUAAUGCCGAUAGAGACAGCAUUCUGUAAUGUCCACCCUGUCUUGCAUUUUGCCUAUUAUGGCAGUCUCACGCAUCAUCAUAAAACCCCUUUUCUGUGACAGAUAUUACUUAUAUUGUAUGGAUGAUGAAGCAAUCAAGAAUAAAAGCUCUAAACUCAUUAGGCUCUUGAUAAUGGUCGAUCACAGUGAUAUUAAUACAGUACAGCUUCAGCCAAAACGUCCAGUUAUCUGACAAUAGCAUUACUGAAGAUUGACACAUUAAUUUAAUAAAAAUACAUUUAUACCCACUGCCUUCUUCCAUCUCCGCAACUUCCCCUGUAUUGUUAUUGUUAGUCUUGAAUUGCCCCUGGGCAUCAAUAAAGUAUCUAUCUAUCUCUAGUUUUACAAUAUCUGAUCUUGCUGGUUUCACAUUCUGUUGUCUCAUGCUAAUAAAAAUGUAUCUGCACA